ACUUGUUUGUGAAUUUCUUUGUAAAAACCGUCCGAACUUCUGAAUUAGUCAGUACGUCAGAUUACACAGCAUUUUUAUAAGCCGUUUUCGUUUUGUCUUUAUAAGAAUGGUAAUCAGUAAUUUAGAGUCGCACUCAAAAUCUUAUUUGAAUUAUUCGUUGUUGUAAUUGUAUAUCCCCUAGGUGACAAUAGGAUGAGAAGUCAAGAAGACCAUGAUGCUAGCAACGUUUGUGAAAGUCUGUAAUGCUAGAUAAAAUACUUUUGGUCGGUCUCCUAGUCUUGUGCAUAUUGCUUUUGGUCUACAUUUGGUUCAACAUAACCCUCUACUUCAAAAGGAAACAAUAUGAGCGAAUAGCCAGACCUGAGUUACAAGCAGGACCACUGUGGUUCAUAGGACAUGCUCUACCCCUCGCCAUAGGAUUGGUCCAGAAACCUGUUUCACAGAUGUCAUCAACGAAAUCAGCAAGGAGUUGGGAGAGGAAAACUAUGUGCUCUUCAUCAUGAACAUCAACUUUCUGGUCAUAUUGAACCAAGACAUACCAGCAAAAAUACUGAUGAACCACAGGAUUUUCCUCAAGAUGGGAGGAAAGAAGGACAAUAUAGCGUUUAUCAACGGUAACAGGGUGUUCGGGGAGCGAGGUCUGGUGACUGAGAUCGGGUCUGAUAUCUGGUAUCACAAAAGAAGAGUCAUGGACGCAGCCUUCCACAAGAACUCGCUAAGGGACCUACACGGACAAAUGAAUGAUAUUGCGAAGAAACUGUCGUUGUAUCUGGAAGAGGCGAAACAGCAGGAAAACCUGGACAUCUACCCGGUUUUGAUCAAAGUCGCUUUGGAGGCAAUCUGCAGAUGUGGAUUCAACCUCAAUGAUGACAUCAUAUUUUCUAAAGACGUACUGCUGACCGACGCGUUCAAACACAUAUUUUAUGCUACCCAACUCCAGUUCCAGUGCUGCCUGAAGUUCGCGCUACCAUGGUGCUUCAGAAAAGAGAAAGAUGCUCUCAAGAAGCAUAUUGACAUGAUCAGAUCCUCCCUAAGAAAGCAUCUUAAAGCUAAAAUAGAAUCCGACAAGAAAAAUACUGAUAACACCAAAGAUAUGCUCCACUACAUCAUUAAAGGGAACUCCUACCAAGAUAAGCUGGAUAUUGAAGACGUUGUGGACGACUUCUUCGUGUUCGUGGUGGCAGGGACAGAAACCUCGGCUAUAGUCAUGGCACUUGUUUUAUGGUACUUGAUGAAAAACCCGGAAAUAUCUGCCAAAGUUCAAGCUGAGGUGGAAGAAGCGUUUGGUGACGGUGACAGCAUCUCAUUCGAUGACAUCAACAAACUACCGUUCUUAGAACAGUGUAUCAAGGAGACGAUGAGAAUACACCCACCCGCUCAAGCUACCCUGAGAGUGAAUUGGAACGAGGCCGCUACAGUCAACGGGUUGUACAUACCCAAAGAGGCCCACAUCAUGAUGAGCGAAGAAAUCGUACAACGAAGAGCCGACAUUUGGCCUGAUCCCAUGAAAUUCGACCCCGACAGAUUUAGCCCGGACGCCCCACGAAUAAAACCCUUCACCUAUAUGCCAUUUAUGGCUGGCCCCCGGUCGUGUAUCGGAAAACACUUCGCCAUGCUCGAAAUGAAGGUGAUGAUUAGCAGAAUAUUCAAAGAUUUCACUCUCGUAGAUCCUAGACCUGAGAUGCAGGAGAUUGCUAUGAAAACUGUGGUAACCUCAAAGCCUAAGGAUGGUGUCUACAUAGGAUUUAAGAAAAGAUAAAAACAAGCUGGUGCUUUCGAAAUGAACUUUACUAAAGCACAGAUACACUGGUUACCACUGGUUACCACUGGUGCACUAUAGCUGAUACAUUUGCACGAACUGAACGACUGAAAGACUAUAUAUAUAGGAUAGCGAGGCAAGAAGGUAUCUAUACUUGAUAUUUAUCAUUUCUCAUCUUAGCGAAGAGAGUCCGGCCUCUGAGGGCCGUCCACUUGCCUCGCUUCAAGGAUUCGCUCACUAGAGUCAGAACUGAAUAACAUAUUAAGUCGUUGUAUCGUAAACAAUUUGUAUCGUGAUUGUACUAUAGGGUUAUAUAACUUAUAAACUGUCAUUUUCAAACGCCACAGUCAUAAGAUCAGGAGGAACACUGAAAUUAAUUAAGAGUAUUCUUCAAUGAAGAAUACUAUAGUCCAGCAGUGUAAAUAGUUCCUUCCAUGAAGUAAAACUUUACAGAUCAACAUAGACUCAUUUACGCUGCUGGAUUUUUUUCUACCAUUCUAUUAGGAGUUAUCUAUCGUAAUACAUGCUGCAAAGUCAAAUGUGCUGUGCACAUUGAUAUUAAGGGAUCAACCACAUAUUACGUGAGCAAAGUUAGGGAGGGAGUUUGGAAAAGCUUGUAUUUUCUAAACAAUUGCCCUUGUUUAAAGUGGUUUACGGAGGGGAACCAAGGGGUGGGGUCUGAAUUGGGGCCGAGAUCAGGCUUACGUAAUAUGUGAACUUUCCUUAGGUAUUCCAUGGACUACAAACAAAAUAUUUCAUCAAAGAAUCAGAAUAUCGCGAGAUAAGUUUACUUUAAGUAUACUAUUUUUCAAAUUUUGAUGUGUAUUUUAGAUCAGUGAACUCUACUGGUCAUCAUAAAGAAGUUCGUAUGAUUUGGGGGUUCAGCCAAAACCCCUACUUUUAGAAUUGAUAUAAUAUGCAUUGUUACAUUCUAUAGCAAAAAAAUAGAUGUUCAUUCAAACUGAUCAUCCUUAACUCGGACAACCGUUGCUGUGGAACAUAUAAAUGAGGAGGGAAUUUUCAAAAGGGUUUAGGUAAGACAUCUUAAUAUGUAGACUCAUCUUUCAUCAUAUUAUUAAGUAACCCAAUGGUGGCAAUAAGUUGGUCGAAAGAAAAGUUCAACAAUAUCAUUCCUUAAUAAAGUUCUCGAACUAAUUCUACCUCGACAUAAAUAUCUGAUUUGAUGAAAACUUUUCUUUGAAGUCUGCAAAUACCCAUUACAGUAUGAGAGUACGUUAGGUUGAACUGCAAAUCUUAUAAUCUGAGCCGGAAACUUGUGUGAAGUCACAUAAAGGGUCACGUAUUUGUUAUCAUUCAGUAAUUUUGUUAACUUUUAAUCCCAUCCGUCUUAUAUCGUUCUAAACCGGUUAAAUUUCAAGGUCACAAUUGAGUAAUUUUUAUUCGAAUAAUUACAAUUCUUUAGUAUGUAAUUAAAAUUCUUGCUGUUUUUAAGAUUUCAUCGCUGAUAUAUAAUAGUAAAGAAAAUCCCUUAAAUACUGCGUGUUAUUUUAUGAUGUUGAUUAAUUUGGCACACCCAAGUCGGGUAUGAGGCUCAUGCUCAACUUGGUGAGAACGCUAACUCAUUGUGUUCGAUGUGUUAGCUUUUCACGCCCACUUUAAGUUAUUGGAAAUUCGCCCAAGGAAAAUAGACGUAUUUUAUAACGUAGAAAGAAAAAAGAUUGUCUAAAUCGUUUUUACUCUUUAUUUGUCCUGGAUGGUGAGUAUUUAUUUCCUGUUUCCUGAACUAUAGUAUAUUAAUCACAUUCGAUUUGUUGUU